UUCUCUUUCUCUUCUCCUUCCUUUCUUGUUCUUGAGAGAUUUGUUCCUAACUUGCUUUAUCUUUCUUGGCAUCCAAGAGCUUCUCUUUGCUCCAUAAACAGUAGAGAGAGAAAGCUUCAAAUCAAGAAGAGAGGUCAGAGAGAAUAAUCGUGCUAAAUCAGGUGAAGUUAGGCUUAAAAAAAAACCCACUACUUGCCAUUUUUGUAUAAUUAGGUCAAUCUCAUCCACCACCAUACUCAAUUCUCCUCCUUUUUUCCUCAAUUCUCAAUCUUUUAGGGUUUUAUCUCUUUCUCUCUAUCUCCUUCUUUAAUUUCUUGUCUACCAAAAAAGAUUGAACUUAUUUCGAAUCGUAUGGUGAGGAAGUGGAAAUCUUGAAAAGAUCUGAGAGAUUUAUUUAUUCCGCAAAAAAAAACAAGAAGAUCGAUGAAUAUUCAAGAAGAAGAGAAACCUAUUAAUGAAGAAGCUUCUAAUUCAUCAAUGGAGAGAGAGCACAUGUUCGACAAAGUAGUAACACCAAGCGACGUAGGUAAACUAAACCGACUCGUGAUCCCGAAGCAACACGCAGAGAGACACUUCCCUCUAGAUAACUCCACAUCAAACGACAGCAACAAAGGGUUGCUUCUAAACUUCGAGGAUCGAAGCGGAAACUCAUGGAGGUUUCGUUACUCUUACUGGAACAGUAGUCAAAGCUAUGUCAUGACUAAAGGUUGGAGCCGUUUCGUCAAAGACAAGAAGCUUGAUGCUGGAGACAUCGUCUCUUUCCAGAGAGACUCCGGUAAUAAAGACAAGCUCUACAUCGACUGGAGGAGACGGCCUAAGAUUCCCGAUCAUCAUCAUCAUCAUCAAGCUUCUCAUCAUCCAUUCGCCGGAGCUAUCUUUCCUAGGUUUUACACUUAUUCUCAGUACCCUCAGAUGCCGACAAAUUACGAAAGCCACAACCUCUAUCAUCGAUUUCAUCAACGAGAUCUAGGAAUUGGCUACUAUGUGAGGUCAAUGGAGAGAAGUCAUCCAACGGCUGUGAUUGAAUCUGUACCGGUGAUGAUGCAAAGGAGGGCACAAGUGGCUUCGAGAGGAGAGAAGAGGUUAAGGCUGUUUGGCGUAGAUAUGGAGUGCGGAAGCGGCGGGGGCGGAGGAAGUGUGAAUAAUAGUACGGAGGAAGAGUCGUCAUCUUCCGGUGGUAGUAUGCCACGUGGCGGCGUUUCUAUGGUUGGUGCUGGUUCUCUCCUCCAGUUGAGGUUAGUGAGCAGUGAUGACGAGUCAUUGGUAGCAAUGGAAGCUGCAAGUCUUGAGGAUCAUCACUUCUUUACAAAGAAAGGAAAGUCUUCCUUGUCUUUUGAUUUGGAAACAUGAUUAUGAGACUAAACACUAGUUAAAAUACAAAUAUAUAUGAUCAUUUAUACAUAUAUAUUAUAUAUAUGACACAAAUAUGUCGUCUUUCAAGAUUUAAUGAUAAUUAUCAAGAAAUUACAUGUGUUUUUAAAGA